CAGAAACUUAUCUUUCCUGGAGAUUGGCUUCAACCUAGUCAUUUUUCCUCAGAUAUAAACCAGAGAUAUAAAAGAACAAAAACAUGCAUAUGUAAAUGGUCCUCAAUACAUGCUAACCUUUUACCCUCCUCUCAAAUUCUAGCCAGUCAAGAAAGGUUCAUGAAGAGUAGAAAACAUAUUAUAUGCAUUCUUCAUGAUAGUUAUAAAUAUAUUUCUAAAGUUUUGAUAAAUUUAAAUGUAUGUGUUCUUUUACAAGAUUAUAAACACUCGGUGUGUUUCAUAAGUUUAAGUGUUUUCAGAAACAUCACUUUCUCCCAAAAUGUAUCCUUUGAGGGACCCUUCAGAAACUUGUGAUUCUGACUUUGCAUGGCCUUUCUGAAUAACUUAAUGUGUGAACAGAAAUAUCAGCUCCUCUAGAAGCUGAUUCAGACCCAUCUCAGAUAUUAGGCUCUGGCUACUAUUUAUUGUGUUUUAUUCUUAGACAACCCAAGGCACUUCCUCUGCCUGAGGUGCUGACCUUGCCUCUUUCUCUGACAGUAAGAGGGAGUCUGAAAAACAAAUUGAGAAUCUGACUUCCAAUCAAGAAUCUUUCUGCAUGACCACAGUUGAGGACUUCUGCCCAUACUUAUGGCUACAGGAAACUGGACAAGAAUAAGUGAGUUUAUCCUCAUGAGCUUCUCUUCCCUGCCUACUGAAAUACAGUCAUUACUCUUCCUGACAUUUCUAACCAUCUACCUGGUCACCCUGAUGGGAAACUGCCUCAUCUUUCUGGUUACCCUAGCUGACCCCAUGCUACACAGCCCCAUGUACUUCUUCCUCAGAAACUUAUCUUUCCUGGAGAUUGGCUUCAACCUAGUCAUUGUGCCCAAAAUGCUGGGGACCCUGCUUGCCCAGGACACAACCAUCUCCUUCCUUGGCUGUGCCACUCAGAUGUAUUUCUUCUUCUUCUUUGGAGUGGCUGAAUGCUUCCUCCUGGCUACCAUGGCAUAUGACCGCUAUGUGGCCAUCUGUAGUCCCUUGCACUACCCAGUCAUCAUGAACCAAAGGACUCGUGCCAAACUGGCUGCUGCCUCCUGGUUCCCAGGCUUUCCUGUAGCUACUGUGCAGACCACAUGGCUCUUCGGUUUUCCAUUCUGUGGCACCAACAAGUUGAACCACUUCUUCUGUGACAGCCCACCUGUGCUGAGGCUGGUCUGUGCAGACACAGCACUGUUUGAGAUCUACGCCAUCGUCGGAACCAUUCUGGUGGUCAUGAUCCCUUGCUUGCUGAUCUUGUGUUCCUAUACUCACAUUGCUGCUGCCAUCCUCAAGAUCCCAUCGGCUAAAGGGAAGAAUAAAGCCUUCUCUACGUGUUCCUCACACCUCCUUGUUGUCUCUCUUUUCUAUAUAUCAUUAAGCCUCACAUAUUUUCGGCCUAAAUCAAAUAAUUCUCCUGAGGGCAAGAAGCUGCUAUCAUUGUCCUACACUGUUGUGACUCCCAUGUUGAACCCCAUUAUCUACAGCCUGAGAAAUAACGAGGUGAAGAAUGCCCUAAGCAGGAUGGUCUGCAAGGCCCUAGCCCUCAGAAACUGUAUCCCAUAGACCUUAGGAGGUAAGGCUACAUUUUACUGGAUGGGAAACAAUCAGUCCCAGAUUUGAGAUUCCUCUCUGCAUCUUUCCACAUCUCCAAUGAGAUGAAGUCCUGUUGCUGAAAUGGCUUUUGGAAAGCUGAGUGGAGAGGAAAGAGCACAGAAGUAGUUUCGACCUAGCACCACCAACUAUGAAAACUCCUCUGUCUGCCCAUUGUAGACUUACAUUGUUUUCCUUGUUUCAACUGGUAUGACAGCACUUCUGUGGCCAACUAUUUCCACUGCAUGCAACACAAUUGUUUCUCUUUUCUUUUCUUUCUUUUUUUUUUUUUUUGAGACAGGGUCUGCUCUAUUACUCAGGCUGCUGGGGUGCAAUGGCACAAUCUUGGCUCACUACAACCUCCGCCUUCUGGAUUCAAGCAAUUCUCAUGCCUCAGCCUCUUGAGCAGCUGGGAUUACAGGCAUGCCAAGCCAUGCCCAACUAAUUUUUUUUUUUUUGGAUUUUUUAGUAGAGAUGGAGUUUUACCAUGUUGGAGCUCCUGGCCUCAAGUGAUCUGCCUGCCUCAGCCUCCCAACGGCUGGGAUUACAGGUGUGGGCCACCAUGCCAGGCCAGGUAUUUCCCUUUUAAUAUGACGUAGGCAUUCCUGUAAAGCUUAUGCAAACCUUUGCCUUAAAAAUAUUAUGGGGAAGUAGGGCUAGGGUUAGGGCUAGACUCAAAAUACAUGCAACUUUAAAGACAAGGCAUUAGUAGAAACAACAUUUGGUCCCCAGAGAGACAACAUAGACUGCCCAGCAGGCAGCUCAUUGAGGCUGGAGGUUGCCACAGUACAUAUUUAAAAUAUACAACAACAGUAGAGUGACAAUACCAACAAUGUUUUGAUGAGAACAAUGAUGUUUGAUGCUGAGACAAUUUGAACUGGGGUAGGGGGUAGUCCUUAGGUGGUCAUGGGAGUCAAUACCACUUCCCAGGAGCCAAAAGCUGCAUAAAAUAAGGGAUACUCCUCUCCGGGGAUGAGGCCUAAGAUGCAGGCACGCUUUAAAAUUUUUCUAUAAAAUAGACAUAAGGGUUUCUGAUGCCAAAGCCUAAAGACAUUUAUCUCACUGUGGAAAAUUGGUCUUGCCCAAAAAAAACUUUCACAUUGCAAUGAAAUCACUCCUCUGAUUUUUCAGUUGUGUAUGAAAGAAGAAUAAAUGAGUGGGUAGUCUAACUGAGAAAUGAUGGUGACCUGGAGUGGAAUGAUAUGAGUAAGAAGUAAUUUAAAAUAAUUUUGGAGGAAGAAUUGAUAGGAUUCUUAAAAGUAGAUUACAUGUGGGGAAAUGCACUGCUCAAGAGAGGAAGGCUGAUUCUUCAGCAAAAUCAGUUCCUGUAGUAGAGCAUAGGUGUUCUGAAAGCCUGGAAGAGAUCCAUAAAAGAGGUAUAAAAUAAAUGAAUAUUCUUUACACAGAAAGUCAAGCCUGAAGCUCUUUCUUUCAUAUCUCCGUGUUAUGAAUCCCUUUCCACCUUUUAGGAAUAUCUAUCCACAACCAACGGCAAUUAGACUUGUCUUAGGAUAAAAGACUUUCAUCACAGGCUAGGUUUUCCUAGAAUCAGAUAUGGAGCCAAGGACUCAAGUAAAGUUGACUUGUUAAAGCAAAACCAUUAAUUGAAUGGGGAAAGUUGGGAGAUAUACCUAAUGCUAAAUGACGAGUUGAUGGGUGCAGCACACCAGCAUGGCACAUGUAUACAUAUGUAACAAACCUGAACAUUGUGCACAUGUACCCUAAAACUUAAAUUAUAAUAAUAAUAAAAUUAAAAAAAAAGAAAUGGGGAAGAGGCUAAAUAAAGGUACAAUUUCAAUUGAAAUCCCAAAUUCCACCUGAUCCAGCAAGGAAUUCCAGGGCAUACAUAAAUCUGAGAGUUUGUUCACAUCAGGGCAUAGGAAGUAGGCUUUUGUUCCACUCCAGCCAUCUAUUGGCUACUGGUGGACUGUGGGGUGGGCAAAGGGGACAAGAAAAACUCUCAGGCAUCUCUGUGUCCUGGAGAGGGUUCCUAAUGCCCAAGGGCAUUGUUUUGAAGGUGUCAGGUGCAAACUGUUAGAAAGAAAUCAAGUAAAGUCUAUGCUAAGUGUUCUUACUGCCUCCCCUACCCCCACCCCCCCACAUACAAGGAAACGUUUGGAGGUGAUGAUGGAAGUUCAUUACCUUGAUAAUUUUUUAAAAGUAAAGCUUGAAGAAGCUGAGAAAGGAGGCACAGAGCCAGUAAAAGUGACUCAGAAGUAUUAAGAAGGAACUACAACAGUAUCCACUACAGUCCUCCUAUUAGAAGUGCUUGUCAUCAUCUGAGUGCAUGAACCAGAAAAAAACAAAAGAAUUUAAUCGAAACAUUUAAAAAUUACCCUUGAUAAAAUAGUUAAAUAGAGAUAUAUUGUUCCAGGAUGAUGGACCCUAAAUACUCUGACUUGAUCACUUGAUCAUUCAGUAUGUACAUGUAACAAAGUUUCACGUGUCCCAUCAAUUCGUACAAAUAAAAAGAUUACCAUGGAAAAUAAUGACCACUAACACCCUAAAUCUAGAACACAGUUCAAUGUGUGGUCACCUCUCCAAGUUCAACAUCUACCCACCAGUGUGAUUUUUCCAUGAGUAAUUUGAACCAAACACAAAUAUUCAAACUCAUCUCCCAAAGAUAUGCAUUAUUAGAAGAGUCUACAUAUAUGUAAAAAAUAAAUAUUUUUUAUUUAAUUCAUUAUUUUCAAGGUAUCUUUAUUUUUCACAAUGGACUCAGAACCAUACAUCAUUACAUAGGGCAGUGAUAUUUCUUUUUCUUCAUCUCCCACUUUUAUGGUGCCCCCCCUUUGGGAUUUCUGGGACUGAGAAAGUAGCUCAUGAUGACUGAUUUACCUCAUAAAGACUUCUUGUUUAGCAAUCCUAAAACAUGGCUGAAGCUUUGGGGUUGCUGCUCAUAAUAAUUUUAUUAAAUUAUCAUCCAGGUCUCUCAUGCUUAUAGUUUAUAGCUAGGGAAAGGGGAAAUGGUGGUGCUAUUUUUGAAGAUACAUAGCUUUCUUCUAGUUACAUGUUCAUUACAGUUGUAAUUUCACAUUUUUACAUGGUUGUUUGAUGUUUGCCUUCCCCUCUAAACUGUAUGUUCCAUGAGGCCAAGGACAAUGUCUAUUAAAUUCAUUAUUAAAUCUCUAGUGCUUGCUACUUGUUAGGCAUCCACUAAAUAUUUGUUGGAUAAACAAAGCAAGACUCAAAGUGGAUCUUGUGCAUUUGUUCAUUGGUCAUUGCAGCCUGUGUUACAAUUGUUCCUCCUCCAAAUGCUAGAGAGCAGGACCAGGGGAGAGGGAGAGUAUGAGAGGAAGAAUGGCAGAGAGAAGUCGGGUGGCCAUAUCUACUCUCACAUUAUCUUUGGUUAUAAUCCCAAGAAAGCAUGGGAGCCAACAG